UGAGUAAAGCCAGUCAAGUACAAAUAUGAGAGAACUUGUCUGAUUCCAUGCCUGCCUGCCUCCUCCACUCCAUCGCUCUGGUGAAGUCAAGAUGAAGUUCACAAUUUUCUUUGCUGGACUUCUUGGUGUCCUCCUGGCUCCUGCCCUUGCUGAAUAUAAUGUCAACAGCGGCGAUAGCAACAACAGUGGUGGGAGUGGACAGCUGUCCGUGAGUGUCAACAAUGCACAGAACGUGGCCAAUGUUGACAACAAUGAUGGGUUGGACUCCUGGAAUCUGCUCUUGGAUUACAAUACUGGCUUUGCUGCCGUCCGAGUUUUUCGCAAGAAGGCAUGCAUUGUGCACAGAAUGAACAAGGGUGUCAUGCCCUCUCUUCAAGCCCUUGAUGCAAUGGUCAAGGAAAAGAAGUUUCAGGGUGAAGGACCAGGUGGACCACCUCCCAAAGGCCUGACAUACUCAGUCAACCCUGACAAAGUCGACAACCUGGACAAGUUUGGAAAACCCAUCGUUGGCAUGUGCAAGGGGGUUCCAACAUACAUGGCUGAAGAAAUUCAAGGAGCAAGCCUAGCCUUUGCCUUAUCAGUGUGCUUCAGUACUAUAAUACCCCCGUUUUCGGCCCUUUCCUUCUGUGGAACUCUAACGGGAAAGUAAAAAGAAAAGAAAAGU